CCUCUUACUUUGAAGUCGCCUCUGUUUCCGGCCCUUAGCUUAGCUUGCUAGCUGUGAGCAGCAGUGUUCGUGUCUGUGACUCUGUGGUUCUUUUGUUUUUUUGUGACGGAGUUUGUUUUAGAAAAAGUUGGUAUCGUUGUGUGAAAAUGUCUAAAGUCCAAAUGCUGAGAGCGUUGGUGAAGCAGCGACUAACUGCGGCUGCUGAAGAGAUAUUUGGGCUGUUUGAAAGAACCAUAGCAGAGUACGAGGAGGAACUUUGUCGUUCCAAAGAGGAGAACCACCGACAGCGACACCUGCUGGACUCCGUCUUUAACCCUGAAGAUUCACAGCAGCUGUUGGUGACUAAAGAACAGAUUCCUCAACAGCAACAGGACUGGAGGACCAGUCUAGACCAGGAUGACUCAGGCCAGCCACAAAUUAAAGAGGAACAAGAGGAACUGUGGACCAGUCAGGAGGACGAGCAGCUCCCAGAACUGGAGAACAAUGACGUCAUCAAGCUGAAGUUGGCUCGUGGCCCUGUGAAGAGUGAAGAUGUUAAAGAGAAGAACAGAGAGGCGGAGCCUCCAGAAAGCAGCUAUGCCACACAUAUGAAGACCGAAGCCGAUGGAGGAGACCGUGCAGGACCAGAGCCAGACCCAAACUUAGACCUACAUGCGUAUUUGCACCCAUAUCAUGAUGAAUUUGCCACGUCUGAUCCUGCAGCUGAACUUGGCAGUGAUUGGAAGGAAGCCAGGGAGCCUCAGUCAGGUUUAAACUUUGAAAUAUUUCUGGGUGAAAAAACAUUUAGUUGCUUUGAUUGUGAGAAAACAUUUGACAAUGAAGAAUGUUUGAAGAGUCAUCUAAGUAUUCAUACAGGACAGAAAACAUUCAGCUGUUCAAUCUGCAACAAAUGUUUCACAUGUCGAAGAAAUUUAAGGAGGCACGAGAGAAUCCACACAGGAGAGAAACCGUACAGUUGCCCCUUUUGUAUUAAAAGGUUCACUCAGCGUGUACAUUUGAAUUGCCACUUACGUCUCCAUACUGGAGAGAAACCAUUCAGCUGUUCAGUUUGUCAGAAGUGUUUUGCAUGCAGAAGAAAUUUAUGGAGACAUACGAGAAUCCACACUGGUGAAAAAUGUUACGGUUGCUCUGUUUGUGGAAAACGUUACACACAAAAAUCAAAUCUGAAAAAUCACAUGGCUGUUCACACAGGAGAAAAAAUGUACAAAUGUGGCAUUUGUGGGAAAGGAUUCAACCAGAAGUCCUGUUUGAAAACCCAUAGGUGUACUGAGGAGGCGGAACAUGAUAUCACAACUUUAUAAACUCGUUUGCCUAGUUAUCCAUUACUUUCUCAGUUACAUAACUGGAAAGAAAACCAGUAACAUAAUAAUAAUGUUACUGAAACAGAGGUUUUCUUGAAAUAAUGUACAGGUGCUUCUAGAAAAAAAUAGAACAUUGUGAAAAAGUUAAAUAUUUUUUUAUUUCAGUAAAUGAAAAAAUGUAUGUAUUCUAGACUCAUUGUAUAUAAACUAAAAAGUUUCAAGCAUUUUUUUUUUACUUUAAAUUUUGAUAAUUACAGUCUACAGCCCCCCAAAAAAGGGAAAACAUCUCAAAAUAUUAGAAUAUUUCACUUAAAUUUUGAGUUUCUGCAGUAUAAAUACUGUGAAUCUGUUGUCAUGGUUCAGUUAGCUGACCUGACAGUUGUCCAGAAGACUGUCACCCUCCACAAUAAGCCUCAAAAUACAUUGAUGGAAAGUUGACUGGAUGGGAACGUGUGAUUGGAAAAGCUGCUCAAGCAACAGGGAUGACUACAGCCUCGAGGUUGCCAAGCAAAGCUGAUUCAAGAAUUUGGGGGAGCUUCACAAAGAGUGAAGUGAGACUGGAGGGAGGGCAUCAAGAGCCACCAUUCUCAGACACAUCCAGGAAAUGGGCUACAAGUGUCACAUAGUGAGUGUCAAGCCAGUUGUGAACCAGAGAAUGUCAGAAGCGGCUUAUCAAGGUCCCAGAGUGGAGGACGAGUGGAGAGGCACAGAAUCCAAUCUGCUCGAGGUCCAGUGUGACGUUUCCACAGUCAGGGAUGAUUUGGUGCCAUGUUCACCUGCUGGUGUUGGUCCACUGUGUUUGAUCAAGUUCAACAUCAGCACAUCCAUCUACCAGGGGAUUUUACAGCACUUCAUGCUUCCCGCUGCUAACAAGCUUUAUGGAGAUGCUGAUUUCCUUUUCCAGAAGGACUUUGUACCUGCCCACAGUGCCAAAACUACUAGGAGCUGGUUUGUUGACCGUGGUGUUACUGGACUUGAUUGGUCCCAUAGACAAUCCCUUGUAGAGUCUCUAUGGCAGGGGUGG